GAAUCCAGUUUUCGUGGAGAAGGUCAUUUGAUUUUCUUCCAGCUGUAACGAGGGAAAGGUGCUGUCUGUCUGUCGAGAUAGAUAACAACUGCGUAUUCGUUUUUUGGUUGCCAGUUAAACGAACUGCAUGACACACUCGGGUAUAGUUUUUCUCUCUCGAAAAGCUUACAGUUUUGAGGGAAAGUCCCGCUUUGCGCACGAGCCUCGGGGGUUGGGACGGGAGUUCACCUGUUGCUGUUGCAAAGACCUACCUAGCAAUACGAAAAAUAUUGUAUUUCAAGCGAUACAAAAAGCUUUUCAGUUAUGCCAGCAACAACGGCACUGUUUUACAACGGCGGUUCUCAUGGCUCACAUGACGUAACCCCUACGGUUAUCUACCUAAAGCCAGCCAAUUGGAAAACGACGCGGUGGAAGAUUGAUCGACGGGCUGAAAUAUUACAACAAACCUAAAUUUUGGGUUUUUUUUUUUUAUUUCCGUGUGUCUCGAGGCGCGUAGAAACCAGUUAGGCAAUUAUUUCUGCCCGCUGGUAUUUCAAUGUGAAUGCAUAAAAAUCAAGUUUUUUUUUUCUAAAACAGAUGGGGCAGUUGACAAAACAACAAAAUAUCGAAAAAAGUUAGAGCUUACUAAAAGGGCCUUAUUUUUGAGGUUGCAAACAAAACCUGUUCUUGUUCUUUGGCAUUCGAAUAUAAGUUUCUUUCCAACCUGAGAUACCAAGAACUGGCCACACCUUAUUCAUUCUGAAUGAUUACUCAGCCAAUCGACAAGAACCAAGUUUUCAUCUUGCGAUCGCACAGUUUGAUGAUUUCGCGAGUUCUCCGGCCCCGUGCUGCUGCUGGUAUCCAGUGGGCAUACGGCAGCCAUGGAAACCGUGAAGAAUUCUAACCGUCAGUUGGAACAAUCAAGUGUUGAUUUAAUACCAGACUUUCCAGUGCUGCAAGAUUACCCACAAAACGAAUUUGACAGACUGAUUGAGAAACCAAGUCAUCAGCGCCACGACGAUUCCGACGAUCAAGGAAUUUGUCUUAGUGAAUCUUUAUCUGAAUCAUCUUCGGGAGAAGAGUUAAAUACGGGAGACGAAGACGUGUUUGGCGAGGUCAUAUCGUGUGAAAUAUUUGAUUUGAUUGAAAAUUUAAUCACCAUGGCGUUGGAUUUACGCAAGAAAGUGGAUAAAGGGAAAGAAUUUGAGGAUGGUAAAGGUGAAUUAUCCGACGAUGAUAAUACGGCCGUGGCAUUGGAUUUGACGGCUUCAUCAGCUAGGAAACCCCCACUUGGUCCACCUCCUCCGUUAACUCCUCUUUUCCCCCCUGGGCCAUCUGACUCCAUCAGACAUGUCACGGCACAAGAAAAAGAAAUACUACGACAAUCUUAUUGCAGAUUGGUACGUUUUCUCCGGCUGGAUUUACCCAACAUUCAGCAAUUUACCGAAGAAUAUCGGGCCAUGGCAUUGAAACGACUACAAUCUUUCCUUUUCAUGUACUUGAUUGAGGUCAAAAGAAAAAGUCCAGCCGGACUUAACAUGUUCCAAGAGUCAUUUGGUAGCGAUUUAGCGAUUCGUCAAUUUUUUCGGGUUUUCCUCGGAAAAUCAGAACAGUUGACUAGAAGUUCGUCGUUAUCUGGUGGCGCUGUCAUCCGUCCAGCAAGAUUUGCUAGUAUGGACGACGGAACGCCACAGAUUUUAUGUCGUGGUCCUCUUGGUCACGAACGACUUGUAAGAAAUUCGAGUUCCAAUAACGCGCCUUAUCCACUCCGGCGAGGGGAUUCGGGCCAUCAUCCGUACGCCAGUGGAUCAACUGCUCAUGGACAUCGCGGUACGCAUUUGUCCCAUCAAUCCACCCAUUGUUACAGUAGCCAACAGCAAAGCUAUCCACAUCCGCCGGCGCACUUGACGUAUACAAAUUCUUCAACCUACCAACCACCACAAUCGGGUCAUCAUCAACAGCAGAGUUCUCGACAUCCUCAACAACCAUAUGAUAAUUUUUCACGAGAUUCUUUACCACCUUUUCUCGAGGACCAGCGUGUAGAUGUUCAGGAUGUGAUCCACCUCGUCUGUCAGCUUUUCCCAAUCAGUGAUGCGGUGAAAGGAUUGGGGCCCCAUGAUUACGAAGAAUUAUAUGGACAACCAUUUUUUCAACCACCGAGUCCAUCAAUGGACAAUAUCAUGACCCCUUCCCCUUCAAGAUCAUCCUGUCAUACACCAAAUUAUGCGACGAGUUCCGUCAGUUCCAUUCCAGGUUCACCGGCAAGCCCUUGGCAAACAAGAAGCUUCGUAGAAGGCUUUUUGGCUGCAUCUCCGCAUUAUGCAUCAUCGUCAUCUAAUUCUCCGUUUUCAAAUGUCAUGUCACCUCAGCUCUCUUCGGCUAAUAGUAGUCCAGGACCAAGUAGUCCGCUGCCUCGCUCGGUCGAGAGGCAAAUGGUGCGGAUGACCAUCGUAUCGUCUCAACCACCUCCGCUUAUACCUCUCAAUAAACCCAGUCCGUCGUCAUGGCAACCUGCAGUUAUCGCUCCAAAGCCACAUCCACCGAGUGCUGUAAUCGUCGCUCCGAAGCAGUAUUCUCCGGGUCCUUCUGUCAUCGUACCGAAGCAGCCAGCAGCAAGUCCUGCAACACUCGUCAGCGCUAAGCAACCUGCAAUCCAAUCAUCUGAAUCACCAUCACAGCAACCAGCAAUCAAACCGUACCCAACGGCUCAUGAAGAGAUGGCAACAAGUAUGAAUCCACUUAUUAAGGAACAGUCUAUGCGCCAAGUGGUGAAAUCUACCAUCGAAGCGCUAACUCUGGCGGAUCAUGAUGGCGACACUCCAUUGAUGGUGGCCUGUGCGAAUCCAGCAUACAAAAUCGAAGAUCUCUACGCUCUAUUGGAGCGUCUAAAAAAUCAUCCGCAGCCGGCAAAAGUCUUUUGUGUGAUGAAUAACAGAAGAGAAACUGCCUUGUUCUUGGCAGCCAGUGAACGUCGUCCGUUAGUGGCUGGUUACCUGGCCGAGACGAUGAGUGCCUUGCGUAUACCUUUAAAUCAAACAUACGAAAAGGGCAACACGGUCAUUCACUAUCUGGCAAUGUGGGGUGACGAUUAUAAUGAGGUCCUACGCUAUUUGGUACGUGUUCGGACUGUCGAUAACAAACUGGCUUUUGACCUUAAUGCACGAAACCACACAGGACGUUCUGCUCUCCACGAAACUGUUAUGCUCUACCAGGCGAACGAUCCGAUUGGCCAAGGUUUUAUCAAAAACAUCCAGUUGUUACUCGAACAUGGGGCAGAUGCUGGUCUAUCGGACAUAACGAGCGGAAAAACUCCAGUGCACAUUGCUAUUGAGAAACGUGACCCUUUUCUAUUAGAAUUGCUCCUAUCAAAGUGUCCGGGUUCAGCCAAUGCCCCCAUGUACAACGACAACCGGCCAUUGCAUAGCGCUGCUACUCUCUCAGAGGUCACGGACAUGCAGCAAUUGGAGCUGGUCAAUAUCUUGCUCAAAUAUGGCGCUGACAAGGCUUUACGCAACAAAGCCAAUAAACUGCCCAUUGAACUGGUUCAGCAGGAUCGGGAUCGAGUUAAAGCUGUUCUACAAGCACGAUCACGUCAAAAUUAUACAUGAAAAACCAAAUUUCUACGACAAAUUCUGCCGCAUGUGCCAAAUGAGCACAGUUCAAUGACAGGUUGCCAUGCAAAAUGCCUACUAUUUUUUUAUUUUAUUUUUUUUUAUUUUAUAUGUUUGUUCAUAACUGAUGUGUUGCCUUUUGAAAAUGUCCGUCUAUCAUUCCCCCUCAACUAUCCAGAGACUGCAUUUAUUUGGUUAUAAUGUUGAAAUCAAUUUAUACUUUUCUUAUUUUAAAAAUUCUUAUACAGAAAGCAAUUACGGAAGCAUGUUGCGUCCAAUGAAAUGAAGCAAUUGUAGUAAUAAAAAAAAAGGGAUUGUGGACGUACAUUUAGUUUUAAUAACUAAAUUGAAACGUGCGCCGUUUUGUUGAUUUGUCGUCACCAUUUUAUAUGGGUGGGAAAAUACGUCGUGCUUAGAAGACGAUUUUAUCAUCUACCUUUAUUGCAUGCCUGCCAUCGACUUGUACAGAUGGCACGUAAACCCUUCCGGACAGAAUGUUUCAAUGAAGGGUCAUUAGUAGAAAAAUACAGACCUCAAAAUUGCUUUUAUGUGAUGAUGAGUUUAUCAUGAAACUAAUACACCAGGUGCAAAACA